AUGAGUUCUCCCUCCGCUUCUCAGCCUGUUCCUGCUCCUUCGAGUCCUCAUGAGGGCGUCAACGACGCUUCACAGGAAAGCCACCCUCUUCCAGCAUCUACCGGCAAAAUGAGUACACGCGAUCCUAUGCCCCCGGUUACAUGUCCGCGCCAGGAUACCGUGUCCAAGCUCGCCGCCGCGGUGGAUUCUGAAAAUGCCGUUCUCGUGCGUGGCACCCCAGCCACCGGGAAAACGGUCCUGUGCCGAUUGCUCCGGGAAUACUACCUCGACCACAAACGCAACGUGUAUCUCCUCCCUCUAUGGGGACGCCAAGAAGCACCACCCGGAUCCCCUUGGACUCAGUUCGGCUGGCGCCUGCGACAACGAGAUCCUGAGUUCGAUCCAACAUGGGCAUCUGUUCCUGCAAAGACGGUGAUUCUUAUCGACGAGGCUCAGGGUUCCUACCGCGACUUGAACUUCUGGAAUACGGUCAUCAAGGACGUGCAAUCUGGGCUUCGCCUAGGAGAUAUCAAGAUCUGCCUUUUCGCAUACUAUGGACACCCUGUGACCGGCGUGGAUUGGAGGGACCUGGACUAUGCAUAUACUCCGACGACGUUUGGUAUCGCGUCGCAUAUCACACUGGCCCCUCGACCUGGCCUGUAUUCGGUAAAUAUCGGCUUGUUUACACCGAAGACGAAUUACGUAAAGUUGUAG